CAUCUUUCCGUUUACUUUUUUAAUAAGUAACAAAAAAAAUAUAUACAUACUUGUAUCGAACCACUUAAUUGUUUAGCAAAAUUCCAGUGCAAGACACAGAUUAAAUAUGAACGAUCAAGUACUGCCAGUUGUUAAUGCAUACCUAUAUCCUGGGGGAGAGCCACCCAAUGCCCCCCACAACAAUUUGGAUGAACGCAUCCAGAACAUCAAUAUCCUUGAUCGGCACCCUGAACGCGGACUCAUCCGCGCCGUGGUGCCAGAGAUGGAAAUUUGGCGUCGCCUCGAUAGACCCGACCGACCACGAGCUCCCAAUGUCCUGGAUGGUGUCGGUGACGGUAUACACAACAUAAUUUUCGAACGGGCACACUUGGCCCCAUCUCUGGUCAUCAUUCGAGAACGUCCGGAGGAACCACCUCUUUGGCGUCACAUUGAGCGUCUACUGCCCAUGAUAGCUAUCAUCUCUAGUACCGUGUUCAGGCGGGUGAUGACCUUCUUCAGCAUCGAUAUACACGAUACAUUCUUCCUGGGAUUAUCGUACAAUGCGAACUUUAUGAUUUUCCAAUGUAUUUUGGCGUUUACUAGCUACUGGUUAAAAGGUAUGUGGGGCUCUUAGCCAAGGCAUUCGAGUACGAAUUGGGGGGGUGUGGGUGUAUGUGCAUGUACAUUUCAAAAUGCCUUUG